AUGUCUUAUCAACCAGUGGAUCAGAUCCCCCUCCAAGACCUAUCGUCGGUUACUACGCCCGAUGCAUUGGAGGAUGAAGAGUCAGAGCACUCAGACACUUCGGAAGUUUUUACGGAGAUUGACAAUUAUAUCAGCAAGAGUGACGAUCUUGAGGAUUUUCUGUUGGAUCCCACAUUUCAACAGACUCUUCUGAGAUUCCAUGGCUCACGCACAUUAUCCAAGCGAAUGUGCUCGAUCAUAACAGCAGCUAUUUUUGCAGUGUGGCUAAUAGCCCUUAUAGUGUAUUCGAAUGGAAAUGCCCGGAAGGUUGCGUCGGGGGUGUGGUACGGCGCUGCUACUACUCAAGUGCUGCUUCUGAAUCGUAACAUCACCUUGAACGCGUUUCUGGCGAACAAUGCCAAUGUUACCUUCGACACGUACCGAAGGGGAAUGUAUUUUCCCGAUCAUAAAGUGAUCCGGUGGUUGACGCCGAUUCAGUUUCCUGAGGAAGGCUCGAGCUCUCACAAUGGCUACUAUUUGGCUACCGAAGGCACUGAAGUGGUUAUCCGCAAGGCCAAUUCUGACUACCGAAUGAUUUUGUUGGAGAAUACUGUUUUCGAGUACAAGAACGACUUCUUCAAUCUUGAAGAUCUUGUUCUAAAUCCUGGUGUUCUGGUUGACGACACUAGCGCAAUGCAUGUGCUUCGAUCUGACAUCACAAAACAGUGGCGGUACUCCUCGUAUUCUUUGUUCUGGCUCUGGCAACCAAGCACCGGUAAUUUAUUCCCAAUUCAACCUCCAGGUUCUGCUUCUGAUAGUUUGGAAAAGCUCCAUUUUGUUGAAUUCAGUCCUUCUGGUGAGUUCUUAAUUUUCGGUCACAACCAGGACUUGUAUGCCAUGAAUGUGGCCAAUCAGGGCAUUGCGGUUCUCACAAGUUCGAAAGACAGAAACAUUUUCAAUGGAAAGCCGGAUUGGGUGUAUGAAGAGGAAAUUGUAGGUGAUGAGAAGAUGACCUGGUGGUCGCCCGAUCUGAAAAAGAUGGUAUUUGCAUCUAUUGACGAUACAGAUGUGGAAGAUUAUCAGUUUAGCUUCUAUGUCAAGUCGAUUGAUGAGAUUGCAUCUUCGUUUGAUGAGAGAGAUCUCAACCAAUAUCCUGUCCAAGCAUUUUUGAAGUAUCCAAAGCCUGGAACCAACAACCCAAAAGUGUCUCUCCGCGUGUUUGAUGUUGACCUGCAAACGGUUAAAAAUAUUGAAGGAUUAGCUGACGAAGACGUUGGGGAAGAUUUCAUUUUAAGUGACGCGACUUGGAUUGAAGAUGCAAUGCUUUUGAAGCUCACUGACAGGACCAGUACUGUUUUAGUGAAGAAGCUAUACCUUCCGAAAGAUGAGAAUGUGAAAUUUGUUUCGAAACAGGAUACCUCCGAGUACAAUGGGUGGGUAGAAAAAGCUCUGCCCAUUGUCACCAUCCAGCAAGACACCGUCAAGUACCUUGAAAAAGUGGUGCUGGACAAUCUCGUCCAACUUGCAGUCUUCGAUCUGGCUGAUUCGGAGACAUACUCGAAGUUGUUAGGGCCAAUCCAUUAUGAAUCCGCAUUUGCAUACGACGCCAAUGGAAAGACUGUCUACGGAAUGUGGGGCACCAACAACGAGGUUUCGUUCGGUCUGGUGUCAAUUGAAGAUGGACUGAAGAAGACGAUCAGUGGGAAUGGCAAAUUUCUGGCCUAUUUCAGCCCUGAUGGUAAUUUUGUCGAGCUUUACUAUGACGGGCCCUCGGAGCCUUGGCAAAAACUCAUAAAUGUUGCAGACUUCGGCGAAGAAGUCGACUUCGACAACUAUGAGCCAGUUAAUGAGGUGAAGUCCCUUUCACAUACUCUUGCAAUCACAAAUGUGCCUACCAGAGUGCAAAGCAAGAUCAAGGUUGGUCAUGGUAAAGAGGCUGUUGAGCUCAACUUGAUAGAGAUCUUCCCUCCAAACUUCGAUCCCAAUCAGAAGCACCCUCUCUUGGUUAAUGCCUAUGGUGGUCCAGGGUCCACAUAUGUGGACGCUGGUUUCCUGAUUGGCUUUCACGAGAUAGUUAGUUCUGAAUUAAACGCCGUGGUACUUAUCAUAGACCCUCGUGGAACUGGAAGCGAUGACUGGGGUUUGAAACAAUGGGCUUACAAGAAGUUGGGAUACUGGGAGCCUCGUGAUCUCACAUCGAUCGUCAAGGACUACAUCAAGAUUAACAAGUACGUGGAUGAUGAGAGAACUGCUAUUUGGGGUUGGUCAUAUGGAGGCUUCACCACGCUUAAGACAUUAGAGUUUGAUGGAGGACAGGUGUUCAAGUAUGGUAUGGCAGUCGCACCUGUCACCAAUUGGAUGUUUUACGACUCUGUCUACACGGAACGAUAUAUGAAAAGUCCUAAAACUAACGAGAACUACCAGAAAAUCUCGGAAAUUUCCAACUUCAAGAAGUUCCUGGAUGUCCAGCGGUUUCUUAUCAUGCACGGAACUGCCGAUGACAAUGUACAUAUCCAGAAUACGCUCUGGCUUGUGGAUCACUUCGAUACGGAAGGUGUGGAAAACUAUGAUAUGCACUUUUUCCCAGACAGCGACCACUCGAUUUAUUACCAUAACGCCAACACUAUCGUUUAUGACAAAUUACUCAAAUGGCUUCAAAAAGCCUUCAAGGGUGCAUACGACUAA